GAGAUGCUUCUUUGACGAAGUAACAUUUUUCAUCACUUAUCUUAUCUUUAAAUCUCAAAAGUUUGUCCGAUUGUUUUAGAAUUCUCUAAAAAACUUAGAGUUCAAAUUCUAUGGUGCAUUCAUCACUAAUGUAAUCUUCAGAUCUCAAAAGUCAGUCAAAUUGUUCUAGAUGUCUCUAGAAAACUUGAAUAGAGUUCAAACAAUGUGGUGUUUGGUUGAUUCAUGUUAUUACGUGAACAUUUAUCUCUAAAUGAUCAUCAGAUCUUGAAAGUUUGUCGUUUUGUUCUAAAAAUCUCAACAAGACUUGGAUAGUGCUCCUGUUAUAUUUUUAGUGUAUUAUUUGCGUUGGAGAUGAUAUAGAAUUGAGGCUGUUUCACAUCAUUUGUGAUUUAUAUUGAUUAUUGAGUUUAUACAAGCUCUAUUCCAAUAUUUCGAUAAGCUUUAUCCCAAUUUAUUUGUUUAAAAUCCAGCUCCAAUCAGGAAGUGCAUAUAUAGUGUAUUUUUGCGUUUGAGAUAAUGUACAAUUGAGGCUGUUUUACAGCAUUUGAGAUUCAUAUUCUGUAUUGAGGCAACUUGAAAACUCUAUUCCAAUAUUUUGAUAAACGUUUCUCAAAUUCAGUUGUUCAAAAGCUAGCUCCAAUCAGAUAGUGCACAUGGUGUAUUUUUUGCGUUUAAGAUAAUAUAGAAUCGAGGCUGUUUUACAUCAUAUUUGUGAUUCAUAUUCUGUAUAUAUUGAGGUUAUCUACAAGCUUUACUCCAAUAUUUCUAUAGCUUCUCCCAAAUUUGUUUGUUCAAAAUCCAGCUCCAAUCGGAAAGUGUAUAAUUAUAUAAUUUAUUUUUUGCGUUUGAGAUGAUAAAGGAUUGAGGCUGUUUCACAUCAUUUAUGACUCAUAUUCUGUAUUGAGGCUACUUACAAGCUUUAUUCCAAUAUUUUGAUAAACGUUUCUCAAAUUUAGUUGUUCAAAAGCUAGCUUUAGAUAUAGAUAGUGCAAUUAUUGUCAGGGUUACAUCAUACUAUUUUGUUCUUUGGUUACGUUCUUUCGGAUUUAAUAGGAUUAACCAAGACUAGAUCUACUUAUUUGGAUCAGAUUCACAAAUUAGUCAAUUUAAAUCGUCAGUAUUCAUCUCAUUGUUCCGAAAGAGUGUUUCUCCCAACUGUAAAAAGUGAGAUUAUUAUUGUUUUUGAUGUGAGCUGUGAAUAAGCGUUAUUGUGUUUGUAGAUAUCCUAACAAAAUAUACUCUUGUAAUUUGUAGAUAAAAAGAUUACAAGUAACAAAGAUCUAGAAAUAAUAUUUUGUAGAUCUCCUAACAAAAUUGACUAUAGUCUCAUGAGUUCUAAUCAUAAUAUGACGUAGUAGGUUCCAAACUCGAACAAAUAUCGUGAUUAUGUAUUGAUUUAUAUAAUACAUUUUAUGUUAUUGCAAUUCUGGAGUGUUGAAAAGGUUUUUAAUACGACGUAGUAGGUUCAAAACUCAACCAAAUAUCAUGAUUAUGUAUUGAUUUUGAAUAUUUAUAUGAUACAUUUUGUAUUAUUGAAAUAACUCUGGAGUGUUGAGAAGUUUUUUGUAAAAUUUGAGUGACAAACCCUGUUUUGGGAGUUUGAUGGAGUUGAAAAUCACGUGAUAUCGCGAAAAAGUGCCAAAGCUAUGGGACAAACUCUGUCAUGUUUUGUAAACAGGAGAAGGGUCAACAUUUAUUAUAAGAUAGCUGUAAUCAACAAAAUCGUCGACGAACUCCUCAAGUACUCCCGGGAAGCCAUCAUCGACGCCAACCUCGACAGGAUACCAGUUCCGGACAUCUCCAAGUCGUUCGUCGGCCCCGUGGGGACUCAGGGUCACUUCCUUGCCACUAACGGAUCUACAGCCUACCUCUCCACCGUUCACCGUACCGGCAACGCUCACAUGAUCUCCGGUAAAGCCACCGUUACACUGAUCCUCAACCUCGGUUUAGAACGGUUAACCGUCGAUUACGACCAGUAUGAAGCAAAAUACAUGAACAUCGGACCUCGUGGUAAGAUGCGGGUAACCGUGGAUCAAAACUCUAUCUACGCUGUGCUAAGUCUCAAAUACAAUUUAGUUGACUGUACCCAAGAACUUGUAACUUUGAUAAUCGACCACUUCGACGGUAUUAACGUCCGUAUGACCGGUUUGGAUCCUUUCAACUGGCUUUUAGAUGACGUAGUAACCUGGGUAGCUAGUGAUUUUAAAGACAGUAUCAAGCUGGCAAUUGAACAAGGUUUGCAACAAGCUAUCAAGGAGGCGUUGAAAAAGUAUAAUAUCUGCAAGUAUUUGCCGCAUAUACAUCAUAAUAGUGCUAUGUAAAUAUAUCAUAGAAUAAAAAAUCGUAUAAAAGUUUUCAUUUAUAUUAUUAUUAUGUGAUAUAAAUUUACCGUGUAACGUAAUAGUGGUUAGUGAAUACGAUGUAGAUGCGUGAUUUAGUGACUGUGACUUCGACGAAAAUAAAAGUAGGAACGGAACUAAUAUUACCGAACAAAUAUGUAGUCUGGACUCUGUUAUCAUGUGAGUAGAUAAUAAUGAAUAUGCGAUAGAAUAACUGUAGCUUGAAUGAAAAUAAAUGUAGCAUUGUAGGAGCAUAACUAGAUUACCGGAGAAUAUAAUAUAGUCUAAACUUUGUAAUCAAGUGAUAAUUUUGAGAAUGUGGUAGAAUGAUACUGUGACUUGAACGGAAGUGAAUGUAGCAUUGUAGAAAACGAACUUAAUUUCCAGAAACAUAUAGGUCCACAAUAAUUAUUUAUAAUCGAGUGGAAUAUAUUUCAUAAGAAUGAACUGAAAUCAUAGAAAAUACACGUAAUUCAUCGGAGUUGAUUGUGACUGAUAUUGUUUAAUAUACGAUGCCUGCUUUGCUCUCAUA